CGGGUGAAGGCCGUGGAUGGGGACGAGCAGUGGAUCCUGGCCGAGGUGGUCAGUUACAGCCAUGCCACCAACAAGUAUGAGGUAGACGACAUCGAUGAAGAAGGCAAAGAGAGACACACCCUGAGCCGGCGCCGUGUCAUCCCGCUGCCCCAGUGGAAGGCCAACCCAGAGACGGACCCCGAGGCCUUGUUCCAGAAGGAGCAGCUCGUGCUGGCCCUGUAUCCCCAGACCACCUGCUUCUAUCGUGCCCUGAUCCACGCACCCCCACAGCGGGCUCCAAGCUGACAGCACCCACCAGCUGCCCUCCCUCUUCCACUCCAGCCACAAAGGUCACCAUCCCCUUGCAAGCCCUGGGAGUCUUGGCAAGCCCCGAGUCAGCGACUUCCUUUCUGCAGCCCUAGGAGAACCAGCUCUGAGAUGGGAAGCUCCUGCCCUGAGCCCCGGGCUCCUACCGCCUUGUGCUCCUGGUGACAUGGGACACAAGCCACCUGAGGCUAGGAUCCCUACCUGCCACCAUCUGGGUUGCCCUGGGUCCCUGAAAGGCAGCAGACCCUCCAGCUAUGGCCCCAUUAGGAAGGGAGUCAGCGCCCCAUCCUCUCCCCACCCUUUUCACUGCCCUGGGUCUCUAGCCACUGAGAAAAGAGCUCUGUAGCAGCAGGGACUGGGCCAA